AUGUCAAGCACUCUUAAUGAAAUUAUGGAGUUGUUCAAGGCUCUAAGUUUAUUCAGCAGAGGGAAAUAUGAAGAAUGUACAUCAAUAUGUACAGAUUUGUUAAGAAGAAAUCCAUUAGAUCAGGCUGUAUGGGUGCUAAAAAUGCGUGCCUUAACAUUACAAGUAUACAUUGACGAUAUAGAAGGAGAAGAAGAAGGAAUUGCUGAUAGUUUGCUGGACAAUUAUACUAUAUCUUCUAUGCCUAGACCAGGAACAUCCUUAAAAAACCCUGGUACGGCUCACGUAGGACAGUACUUACGACCCAAAACACAGUCAGGGAGGCCACUUACAGGAGUUGUAAGACCAGCCACCCAGUCAGCUAUAUCUCAAUCGUUUGAGCAAGCUUUAAGGACACCAAGAACUGCUAUGACUGCUAGACCAAUUACAGCAAGUUCUAGCCGCAGUGUCAGAUUAGGUACAGCAUCCAUGUUAACAGAACCUGGAGGACCAUUCAUACAACUAUCUCGUUUAAAUAUUUCUAAGUAUGCCAGUCAACAGAGUAUUGCGAAACCACUGUUCGAAUACAUAUAUUAUCACGAGCAUGACGUGAGAUACGCACUAGAUUUAGCAGUCCAAGCGACCCAAGUCUGUCAGUACAAAGAUUGGUGGUGGAAACUACAACUUGGAAAAUGCUAUUACAGUUUAGGAUUAGUAAGAGAUGCAGAGCAACAAUUUAAAUCAGCAUUGAAAGAUUGUAAAACUAUUGAAUCUGUCUUAAGGCUGGUUAGAGUUUACAUUAGACUGGACCAACCACUGACUGCUUUGGAGACAUGUAAAAAAGGUCUCGAGUAUUUUCCUAACGAUGUAAACAUUCUCACUGAAAUGGGACGUAUAUUUGACGGUUUGAAUAACGCAAGCAUGUCGUUAAAAUAUUAUAAGAUCAUUGCCCAAGAAGAUGCUUCGCAUACGGAAGCAAUAGCUAGUAUUGGGAUGCAUCAUUUCUAUAACGAUCAGCCCGAAUUAGCCUUGCGUUUCUACAGACGAUUGCUGCAAAUGGGUGUAUAUAAUGUUGAAUUAUUCAAUAAUCUUGGAUUAUGCUGUUUUUAUUCUCAGCAAUAUGAUCAUGUUAUAUCGUGCUUUGAAAGAGCGCUUAAUCUUUCUACAGAUGAAAACGUAGCGGAUGUAUGGUACAAUAUUUCUCACAUUGCUCUUACUGUAGGUGAUACAACAAUGGCAGAAGAAUGUCUAAAACUUGCUAUUGUCAGCGACAAUAGACAUGCUUUAGCAUAUAACAAUCUUGGAGUUAUACAAGUACGAAAUGGGAACCUAACAGCAGCUCGAACGUAUUUCCAUGCUGCUGCUAAUAUUGCAAUUUUUAUUUAUGAACCCCAUUUUAAUAGUGCUUAUUUAGCUUACGAAGUUGGAGAUCUACAGACAAGUUAUACUGCGGUACAAAAGUCUUUAAAAGCAUAUCCAGGGCAUUGUGAUAGCAGAACUCUUCUGAAAAAGUUGGAGAGAUACUUUUCACACAUGUGA